CGCCGUCGAUAGCAUCAGGGGGGCCUACUCGAUUGAAGGUGUCAAUUCCGUGCAGUGACUCCAGACGUGAACCGCACCACCCGAGCACUUUCGAUGGGCUCGCAUAAACUGUAAAAGCAACGAGUAACUUGCUGCGGAACAGCCCAGGGUGAUCGGAGGUGGUCGCCUUAACAAUGGAUCACUUUUCCACCGUACUGCAGCGACCGCCUCAUUUCGAUGAGGAUGGCAGCAACGGAGCCGUCGGAAGCGGUGCGGAUCGAGGUCCACGCGGGGGUUUGCGCGACAUCCUGAACCCGGUGAGCUCAACAACACAGGCCCCGGGAACACCUGGGGCGUCUGCGCCGCCUCGACCGCAGCCGUCGUUCAGCUUGCGAUCCCCUACCCAACAGCCCGACUACCACCGUCCAAAUGCCUACACCGCCUCGCCAUCAACGAUAGGAAACCAGCCGUCGGGAUCCCGCUCAAUUCUCAACAAUCCCUUUGGAUCCGCGCCCGCACCGUCACUGCCGCCACCGUUGCAAGCUCCACCAAGCGUCGGGUCGGCGACGGCACCAUCAGGCCUGCAACAUCCGCCCCGGUCGCCAUUGCACGCGCCUCCGACGUAUUAUUCUCAAGACACCCGGGAUCGUGACUCGAUGCGCGAAAAAUCCGGAACCGGGGGUUUCUACGAUCCAACGACUGACCAUAAUCGAGAGCAUAAUCGUGAGCGUGAGCGCAGGGUUUCGGAAACCGGUUCCUGGCACACCAGUGCGCAAACCUCUCCGCCAAAGCCUCGCGACUCAUACAAUUACUCGCCACCUUCCACGGAGUACUACAACAACGGGGCGUACGGCUCCUCAACAACAGCACCUUAUCGAUCUCGAAGUCCCGUCGCGCCUUCUCGACAAUCUCCAGCGGUGGGACCUGCCAGCCCAUCAACUCGACCGCCCGUCAUCACGUCCCCAAGUUUGAGGCAUAUCCAGAUGCCGAGCGCAACGUCCAACGGAGCUGCCUCAUCGGCGUUGCCGGCGCUGGCACGGACCGAGUCCCCAGCACCCUCCUCAACUAAGACCCCUGCCGCAAGUAAGACGCCGAGUCGCGCAGCGGGCGUCAUGUCCUUUUCCAACAUCCUCUCGAGUUCCGAGCCAUUCCCGAAACCUCGACCGACCUCGCCGAUUCUCGUGGACGAUACACCAGUGGUGACAGAGAGACCGGAGAAGGGGGAGAAAGAGAAGAAGCAGUCCCGCAAGAGCAUCAAGACCUCGCGUAAUUCGGACAUUCGGAGCGCGGACUCGACCCCCAAGAUGCCCCGCAGGCCGGCGCCGCCCAAGGCCGACCUGACCGCAUCAGCACGGGUUGCGGUCAAGAGGUCGGCCAACGGCCUGCCCAAGCACAAGGUCUUCUCUGCCGAAAAGGAAAAGAAGAUCCGAGAACUCAUGGAGCAAUUCGACGCCGACGACGUCGACGAGACAGAUUUUGAAGACGAAUUCCAAGCAUGGAAAGAACGCGCCCAACGCCGCCGGCAGGAAAUGAACCGUCGAGAUAUCGCCCAGCGUCGAGCCCGGCGGCGCGACUACGCCCGCAUUGAGGUCGAGAAGCUUCAAGCACUUGCCGACCUCGGUAAGGGACGCUACUACGAGCUCAACUACGACGAAGCGCUCCAGGAGGUGAGGGAACAGGAGCUGUUCGCCGAGAAAGAGCGGAAGAAAGACAUGCAGCGCAAGAGGCGGCGUGAGAAGUCGAUGGCGACAACCAUGGAUCAACGGGCCGCAGCACUGGCAAGAGCUUCCGCCGCACAGGACGAGGCCGAACGUCAAAAGUAUAUGCGUGAGGCGGAGCGUGCGAACAAGAAGGUUCAGCAAACCAAGUAUAUCCUUCAGAAAGGCCUCAAGGGUCCCGCGCGCAACCUUGGCCCAAUCGAACCGAACCUCGAAGGUGGCACCAUGGCGACUUUCUCCGCCGAGAACAUGGAACCAGGCAAGACAAAAGGCAAGGGCCGAGCUGGAGGCAGGCUCAAGAAAUCGAAGGAGCAGAAGCAAGCCGAAAAGGAAUCUGCCGAAGCUGCCCAAGCCGCGCUGGAUGCUGGUGAAGAACUUCCAAGCAAGGAAGAGACGGCCAAGAUCCGCAUCAAGUUCAGCAAGUCAAAGGGAACCAAGGACGACGCCGACAAGGAGAACAAGGACGUCAAGGAACCCAAGGACAAGGAGCGAGCUGCCGAUGAACCAAAGGAUUCGCUCGAGACCAAGUUCCAGUCCAAGGGGUUCAAUCAAAUAUACGACCAGAUUUGGCGCGACCUGGCAAGGAAAGAUGUGAACAAGGUAUUCAGGCUUGCUACUGAUUCCUACUCAACCAAGGCGUCCAAUCUCAAGAAGACUGCCAUCCUGGCGUCCAAGGAAGCGAAGCGGUGGCAACUCAAGACCAACAAGGGCACCAAGGACCUGCAGGCGCGUGCUAAGCGUGUCAUGCGUGACAUGAUGGGCUUCUGGAAGCGGAACGAGCGUGAAGAGCGUGACCUGCGCAAGGCUGCUGAGAAACAGGAGCUUGAGAACGCUCGGAAGGAGGAAGCCGAUCGCGAAGCUGCCCGCCAGAAGAGGAAACUCAACUUCCUCAUUUCGCAGACCGAGCUGUACUCUCACUUCAUCGGCAAGAAGAUCAAGACGAGCGAGGUCGAGCGUAGCACCGAUCAUCCUGAUGUGGCCACGGAUGACAAGGACAGGAUCCCAGAGCACGCCCUCGACAUUGAGGAGCCCACCGGUCCUGUUGGCGCCAAAGUCACCAAUUUCGAUAGCCUGGAUUUUGAUGCCGAGGAUGAGUCGACGCUCCGCGCCGCCGCCAUGGCCAAUGCACAGAAUGCCAUUGCCGAGGCCCAGAAGAAGGCACGCGACUUCAACAAGGACGAAGCCAACCUCGACGAGGAUGGAGAGAUGAACUUCCAGAACCCCACUGGUAUGGGCGACGUCGAGAUCGAGCAACCCAAGCUGCUCAAUUGCCAGCUCAAGGAGUACCAGCUCAAGGGUCUCAACUGGCUUGUCAACUUGUACGAGCAGGGCAUCAACGGCAUUCUUGCCGACGAGAUGGGUCUUGGCAAGACGGUGCAGUCGAUAUCCGUCAUGGCCUACCUGGCUGAGAGAUACGACAUCUGGGGCCCCUUCCUUGUCGUCGCCCCUGCAUCAACCCUGCACAACUGGCAGCAAGAGAUCACCAAGUUUGUGCCCGAGUUCAAGGUGCUUCCCUACUGGGGUACCGCGGCAGACCGUAAGGUGCUGCGCAAGUUCUGGGAUCGCAAACAUUCGACCUACAAAAAGGACGCCCCGUUCCAUGUCAUGAUUACCUCUUACCAGCUCGUCGUCUCCGAUGUCGCAUACUUCCAGAAGAUGAAGUGGCAGUACAUGAUUUUGGACGAGGCACAGGCUAUCAAGAGCUCACAGAGCUCGCGGUGGAAGUGCCUGUUGGGUUUCCACUGUCGAAACAGGUUGUUGCUGACGGGUACCCCCAUCCAGAACAACAUGCAGGAACUUUGGGCGCUCCUUCACUUUAUCAUGCCGUCGCUGUUUGACUCCCACGACGAGUUCAGCGAGUGGUUCUCCAAGGACAUUGAGUCCCACGCCCAAAGCAACACCAAGCUGAAUGAGGAUCAGCUCAAACGUCUGCACAUGAUCUUGAAGCCGUUCAUGCUCCGCCGCGUCAAGAAGCAUGUCCAAAAAGAACUCGGCGACAAGAUCGAGAUCGACGUGUUCUGCGACCUCACGUACCGCCAGCGGGCCAUGUACUCGAGUCUGCGGAAUCAGAUUAGCAUCAUGGACCUCAUAGAGAAGGCGACCCUCGGCGACGAUGACUCGGCUAGCCUCAUGAACCUCGUCAUGCAGUUCCGCAAGGUCUGCAACCACCCAGAUCUCUUUGAGCGCGCUGAUACCUCGUCGCCUUUCUCCUGUGGCUAUUUUGCCGAGACAGCUUCGUUCGUUCGGGAGGGGACAAAUGUCACUGUGGGCUACUCUACGCGCAGCUUGAUUGAAUACGAACUGCCUCGUCUCGUCUGGCGUGAUGGCGGGCGAUUGCACAAAGCGGGACCUGACAAUACGACCGCCGGUUUCCGCAGCAAGUACCUGGACCAUUUGAUGAACAUCUGGACGCCCGACAACGUUCGCGAUAGCCUGGAGGGCACCGACAACUUUUCAUGGCUGCGCUUUGCCGACACCAGCUUGCAAGAAGUUUCCCGUGCCGGCCAUCAGGAUAUCUUCGCUCGCGCGGUAGAUCUUGCCACGAAGAAGAACCGGUUGGCGGAGAUGAAAAUCGUGUACAGCGAGCCCGAGGACCAGAACUGGACUCCCGCACACGCACUAUUCCAGAUCUGCGAGCGCGAAGACCGCAAGCCACUGGCAGAGAUUACCGAGCAAGGGGUGAUGGGUGACCUCAUGAACGUGGCGCGCUCUACAUUCCGUAAUCUCGGGCUCAGUCGCCUUGAACAGGCGGCACGAGUGCGCGCCACUGCGCCGCCCAUCGACGUUUCGUGCGACAGCCGCGGCUCAGUUAUUGAGCGUGAGAACGUCCUGUUCAACGCACCCAUGCGCAAGGCGCUGUUCGGCCCGACACCCACCGAGGCCAAGGCUUUCGUUACUGAGAAGGUUCCUAUGGAGUUGUAUCCGGCCCCUGCUCUGUUGCCAGCCCCGGACAAUGAGAAGCAGAGAUUCACCAACAUCACGGUGCCAUCCAUGCGCCGGUUUGUCACCGAUUCUGGCAAGCUAGCCAAAUUGGAUGAGCUCUUACGCCAGUUGAAGGAGGGCGGCCACCGUGUCCUUCUCUACUUCCAGAUGACCCGAAUGAUCGAUCUGAUGGAGGAAUACCUCACGUAUCGCAAUUACAAGUACUGCCGUCUUGACGGUUCUACGAAGCUCGAAGACAGACGUGAUACUGUCGCCGACUUCCAGACCCGGCCGGAGAUCUUCAUCUUCCUGCUCUCCACUCGCGCGGGCGGACUCGGUAUCAACCUUACCACCGCCGACACGGUCAUCUUCUAUGACUCGGAUUGGAACCCGACGAUCGACUCCCAGGCCAUGGACCGCGCCCAUCGUCUCGGCCAGACAAAGCAAGUCACUGUUUACCGGCUCAUCACACGCGGCACCAUCGAGGAGCGUAUCCGGAAGCGCGCCAUGCAGAAGGAGGAGGUUCAGCGCGUCGUCAUUACGGGCGGUUCGUCGGCGGGUGGCGGCGGCGUCGACUUCUCGGGCCGUAGGUUGCCCGAGAACCGCAACCGCGACAUCGCCAUGUGGCUCGCAGACGACGAGCAGGCCGAGAUGAUCGAGCGGCGUGAGAAGGAGCUGCUCGAAAGUGGCGAGUAUGACAAGAUACAGAAGAAGCGCGGUGGCAAGCGCAAGCGUGGUGGCGACGGAGCGGCAGCACUCAGUCUGGAUGAUAUGUACCACGAAGGUAAGUCACCUCUUUUUGGUAUUCUUCGAUUCGCUCUCAGAAGGUCACGAGCUGACAUGGCAUCUUGCGUUUAACAGGCGAGGGUCACUU